GUUUCGAGUGCCUCUUUACUACUUGUACAUUGUCCGUCAAAUAUGCAUUCACUAUGAAAGUGUUUGUUGCAAUCUUGAUAGCAUUCGCACUGAUCCACGCCUGUCAAUCGGACAACAUCUUAGCUGUAUUUAUGAGGGACUAUUAUAAAGCGUGUGAUAUUCAUCAAAUUGUCAUUUUUGCUUGUUGGGAGAAUGCAGCUCAUCUAGCGCGGAAUAUCAUGGGACUCGAUACCGUCGUCGCUUACCAAUCUAUCACGAAUGGUGUUGAUUUGAGAAAUAUUCUGCUUGUGAAUUACUAUCGUGUUGGAGUCGUGUUGGACUUUGAUUGUCCUUUCGGUGAAAGUAUUCUUGAUGAGUUCUCGACUCAGCUCCACUUCAAUGAAUCUUACCACUGGUUGGUGCUGUCGAAAUUCACAACAAUACCUGUCAAUUAUCUAGGACGUUUGAGCUUGACAAUAGCUUCAGAACUAACAUUCGCAACUCGUGCUGAUGACGUGUUCAAACUUUACGAGAUUUACAAUCCAAGUUAUCGUCACGGUGGCGCAGUUCGGAUUAUCACUAAGGGUGAAUGGAUUCCUGGGACUGGUCUAAUACGUGUCCAGUAUUCAUUGAGUGAAUAUAAGUACAAACGCAGAGCUGAUCUCCAGGGAUUAUCCCUCAAUUUCUCUCUCACGUUGGCCAAUCGACCUCUACCGGACCUCUUGACUUACUUGUCGAGUCCAACAAAUAGAGAACUAGAUCCUAUGACCCGAUCGCAAUAUCCUUUAGCAUUGUAUCUUCAGGAUAUGUAUAAUUUCAGUAUGAAAUUACAUCAAGCAACCACUUUCGGAUACCUAGUUAAUGGAUCCUACAACGGAAUCAUCGGCGAUAUCAUAUCAGGUUUUAUCGACAUGAGCAUCACACCCUUCGAGUUUCACGUACCACGAUUGAAAGUCAUAGAUUAUGCCGUGGUGACUUGGUACGCUGAUACCACUUUUGUAUUUCUCCAUCCAAAAAGUUCAACUCUGCGCAACAAUUUCUUGAAACCUUUCACCAAUGAUUUGUGGUGGAUGAUUUUGUUGGUGGCCGCUAUCUAUUGGCUCCUGCUACUGCUCUCAUUGCUCUUGGAACAGCAUCAUCAAGCUGGAACACGAGAUGCUAGCUUGAGUGCGAUUGAAACUGGACUGACUACUUUGGCAGCAUUAUCUCAACAAGGAUUAGGCGAUAGUCCAAAUUUCUACUCCGGACGAAUUACAUUUCUUUCGCUAUUCUUCUGGGCUCUUCUCCUCUACCAAUUCUAUUCAGCGAGUAUUGUAAGUUCUUUGAUGACACCUCCUCCUCGCUGGAUCAAGAGCAUAAAAGAUCUGUCUGAAAGUGAUAUUGAAGUGGGUGCUAGGGAGCAUCCGUAUUUUCAUAAUUACUUUGAGAAAAUGACCGAUCCGGACUGCAUCGAACUGUAUGACCGGAAGAUGAAGUCCCCGACGAAAAAUCGAAAUGGUUUUCUGCCGGUAGAUCGCGGUUUCAAGAAAGUACAGGAGGGGGGAUAUGCAUUCAUCACUGAGAGCGCUGUUACCUACCAGAUUUUACACGACACGUUUUCUGAGGAUGAGAUAUGUGCGCUGCAAGAAGUAAGGGUUGGUAGGCCUCGAUGGCUAGCGCCCAUCUUACCUAAAAAUUCGCCGUUCAAAAAAAUGAUUAUUUAUGGAUUGCGGAAGAUGGUGCAAUCAGGAUUGCUGAAUCGCUUGCAGAAAAUUUGGCGCGCUUCUCGUCCACAAUGUCCCGAGAGUUACAAUACUAAGCCCACACCAAUGAGCAUGAAAGAAUUCAGUCCGGCACUAAUUCUUUUAUGCAUCGGUGUGAUAAUUUCUGUCGUGACAUUGAUGAUGGAGUACUUGUACUUUUAUCUAGAAACCCGAUUGAACUCCAUCAGAAUGAUUGUAGAAGGAUCAACAGAGCAGUAUGAUGACCAGAAUGCAGAAGUCUUCACUUGAUACUUUGGAUUUAUCUGUCGCGCAACUUUCCAGCUCUUGCGAACGAGACUUGAGUUCAUGAGUUUACUUAGAACAUCAGACGUUGAAUACGCUAAUUAUACAAGCACUAUCCAAUCUAAUCGAUGUAGUGAGACUCUCAUGUCGUGAAUAUUGUGAUAAAUACAAUCAGAAAAUU